ACCACAAUAUAAAUAGUUAGUUUUCGUUUAAAUUCCAAAAAUUACUUGUUCUUUGUUAGUAAUAACUUGGCAAUUAACCAGAAAAAAGAAAAUGAAAGUACAAAUCGCUCUUUUGGCUGGAUUUUUGGCUGUAUGUAUAGCUGCCCCGGCAGGUCGUGAAUCUAGAAUUCUCAAAUACGACAGUGAUGUAAAUGAAAACGGCUAUGCUUUUGGAUUCGAAACCGACGAUCCAAUAAUUCGUAAUGAAGCCGGAAAAGUGUAUGUCAUUUCACCAGAACAAAGUAACCUUAAAGUAAACGGAGACUUUGCUUUCAAUUUCCCAGACGGAGUUGGAUUCCAGACAGUUUUCGAAGCUGACGAAUUGGGUUACAGACCAAAAGUGUCGUUUGGUACAGCCGUAGCACCCUCUAGAUAUUAGAUCACAAAAUUUGAGCUAUGUACAAAAUGUAGGAUAUUACAAAAUAAAUAACCUCA